UGUCCACCUCAAGCAGUAACAACCUUUCCUCACCAGCCACCGCGCCUGACUGUGACCGAUAUAUUUAAACUAUGAGUUUAGAAUUUAAUUUGGUAAAUUUUUAGUAAGUUGUCAUAUAUUUAGAAUAUGUUAGUAUCAAAAAUACUGUGUUCAGUUGGUGUCAAAAAUACCCUGACCUAGCACGCCCGUGGACCUCUAUUCUAUGUAACUAGUGUAUAUAAAUAGCUAGCUAGCUGCUCAUUCAGAUUAAACCCAAGGCUAGCUCCAAUUUGACUUUUCACUAAAAGGGGUCGUAGCCAAAGCGAAAAGGUGCCGGAAAAACCAGAGGAUGAUGCCACCAACUUUAAAGCUGCUACUAUGGUGCUGCUUGUGUUUGUGUGGUGUAAUAACGACGACGUAUGCUCGGCCUCAGCUUCGAAAUCUGAUCAUCGCUGAUUCAAAUUCCACUACUUCCAAUGCGUACAUCCGCAGAAGCCUCUUGAGCAAUGGCCUCGGCCGAACUCCUCAAAUGGGAUGGAGCAGCUGGAAUCAUUUUGCUUGUAAUAUUGAGGAGAAAAUGAUAAGAGAAACAGCUGAUGCAAUGGUAUCUACUGGACUUGCUUCUCUUGGUUAUGAAUACGUCAACAUAGAUGACUGCUGGGCCGAACUCAACAGAGACUCUCAGGGAAAUAUGGUUCCUAAAAGUUCAACUUUUCCUUCUGGAAUUAAAGCACUAGCAGAUUAUGUUCAUGGCAAAGGAUUGAAGCUCGGAAUUUAUUCUGAUGCUGGGAGUCAGACGUGUAGUAAACAAAUGCCAGGUUCAUUAGGACACGAAGAACAAGAUGCAAAAACUUUUGCUUCCUGGGGGGUUGAUUACUUGAAGUACGAUAAUUGUAACAACGAAAAUCGUAGUCCAAGAGAAAGGUAUCCCAUAAUGAGCAAAGCUUUACAGAACUCUGGAAGGGCUAUAUUUUAUUCUCUAUGUGAAUGGGGAGAUGAUGAUCCUGCCACUUGGGCUUCCUCUGUUGGAAAUAGUUGGAGAACCACUGGAGAUAUUUCUGAUAAUUGGGACAGCAUGACUUCUCGGGCAGAUAUGAAUGACAAAUGGGCAUCUUAUGCUGGUCCAGGUGGCUGGAACGAUCCAGACAUGUUGGAAGUUGGAAAUGGGGGAAUGACAACUGCAGAAUAUCGUUCCCAUUUCAGCAUAUGGGCAUUAGCAAAAGCGCCUUUAAUAAUAGGUUGUGAUUUACGUUCGAUGGACCAAACUGCCCAUGAAAUCCUAAGCAACAAAGAGGUUAUUGCAGUUAAUCAAGAUAAACUUGGAGUUCAAGGUAAAAAAGUCAAGCAGAAUGGAGACUUGGAGGUUUGGGCAGGUCCCCUAAGUGGCAAAAGAUUAGCAAUGGUGCUGUGGAAUAGAAGUUCAUCCAAAGCUGAUAUCACUGCUUAUUGGUCUGAUAUAGGCCUUGAUUCUUCCACUGUUGUUGAUGCACGAGACUUGUGGGCUCAUUCAACAAAAGGAUCAGUUAAAGGGCAACUAUCAGCUAGCAUUGAUUCCCAUGAUUGCAGGAUGUACGUUCUCACUCCUAAAAAAUAAGUUCAACCAAUUUCUUAAUUGUAUUUGCUGAAGGAGGCAUAUAUACCGCACUUAAUUAGAAGAAUAAAAAAUAAGUUAUGGUUUUUUCAGUUUUAUAGUUGUCAACUAGCACGAAAAUCAAUUUUACGAUAUUAUGGAAUUGUUUUCUUUAUGUAUUGAACUUACUGCAUGUUGUUUUCUUUC